UGCCCGCGUGCGUGUUGCUGAGUCAGUCGCGAGUCCAGCUCGCAGCGCACGCGCCCUUGUCGGUUUCCUCUGUCAGUUGGAACAGUUUCCCCCGCCGACGUCGUUCACGCGGCGUGGACACGGAUCCGCGGAGCUAUCGCCGCCGUCAGCCAAACGUGUUUCCAGCCUCUCACAAGUUGCUUGCCCGUUGGCGCAUUGGCCGCCCAUGGGCGCCGCUGUUCCCCCCCACUCUGCUGUUGCUCCGCCGUGGGUCCAGCGGGGGCUGUCCGGUGCGUCUCUCUGCGGUCGGUUCGGGACGGUGUCGACUCGAGCUCUGCUUUUAUGAAUGAAAAACGAGCCGGGACAAUGCGAGUGACUGCUGUGCUCGCCAGCAGCAGCAGAAGCAGCGGCCGGGCUCCCGGGGGGGCCGGGCGCAGAUGAAAGGGAUUAACGGCGGAGCGGCUCAUUGCGGAAAACUGCAGACUGGCGUGGAAACGUGAGGAAACGGGCUCCAUAGCGUAGAGCAGCGGAACGAAACCGCUGUGUCACCACAAGAUGUCCAUCCACAUCGUGGCUCUUGGCAGCGAGUGUCCUGGAGGAGUAGGACCCGGGGAGGAGAUCAUGGGCCAGGGGCAGCUGCAGGGCGGCUUGCUGUGGAGCUACCUUGGUCAUGGUGCGCUGGUGGGACCAUGCGAGCUGGAAGGCAGUGUGCACAACCCGGCUUUUAUGGAAUACACCUCACGUGUGUUUGGAGAUGUCACUGUGGUGGUUAGGGAUUGCCCCAGUUGGGACUUGUUGGACAGCGACUGGGCCAGUGUGCGGAAAGUUCUUGAGCAAGCCGACAUACUGGUCAUCAAAUAUUCUGUUACCGACAAGCUGGCCUUCCAGCAGGUCCGAAAUGGCUACGCCCCGAGACUCCGACCUCUCCUAAGACACUGGGGGGUGCCGGUCAUCCUCGUCGCUGUUGGGGCACGGCUGAAUGAUGAAGGCCCUCCCUGUACGUGUCCAUUGUGUGCAUCAGACUGGAGCAGCAGUGUACCUCACAGUGAAGGUUUGCAGCUGUCCAGGGACCUGGGGGCGACCUACCUGGAGUUGCCCUCUCUCAACCAUGUCUUUGUCGGUCGCUACUUUGGCAGUGUGCUGGAAUACUUCAUGAUUCAGUGUCUGAAACACAAAGCCAAAGAAAGGCCAGAGAAGAGGAGAGGGAAUAAAGUGAAUGAACUCCGACCACCUUUCCUAGAACAGCCGGCUCGCCUUCCCCCUAUCCGAGUGGAGGAGUCCAGCUUCUCCCAGGACAUGCAGUGGUUGUUGGAGCGUGGUGUGCAGUUUGCCGACGUUGCUUUCUAUGCCGGGGAAUCUGGAAAAGAAUUGGGCUGGGCACACGCAGCUGUUCUGUGUGCUGUCAGCCCGUACUUUAGACAGCUGCUCCUGGGGCCCAAAAGCAGGGAACGGCCUCAGUCCCGUUGUGUUUGUCGAGAGAGGGAAGGAGCUUCCCAUUCACUGCUCUCAACCUGGGAUGGGAGCAUUAUUGAUGACAUGCCUCGGUCAGACGGACACGUGACCGGACGCCUUACGCGACUCGUGGUGAAGGACCCCCUCCUGUGUAUGUGCUUGUGGGAGACUCUCAUGUUCAUUUACAGAGGAGCGUGGGAGUGGGAGCACCUCCAGGAGGCCCUGGAAGAGAGGCUGAAGAAUUCACUUGCCGUGGGUCAGCUAAUGGAGCGCAUACGCUCCAUCCUUGGAAGAGAAAGGAGCUCCAGGGACACGCCAAGUGCACGAGCAGCUCAGCUCGGUCCUCAGACUCUGGUCAACCUCUUCAAUUCUCCUCUCUAUUCGGACGUCAUUUUCAUGGUGCAAGGUAGCGUGUUGCCGGCUCACCGGGCCGUCCUAGUUGCCCGCUGUGACGUCAUGGCGGCCAUGUUCAGUGGGAAGUAUGCAGAGGCUCGGAGCAGAGUGGUUCCCAUCCAUGGCGUCUCCUCUGACACCUUCCUAUCUUUCCUUGAGUACCUCUACACUGAUUCCUGCUGUCCUGCCAGUGUGCUUCAGGCCAUGGCCGUGCUGGUUUGUGCAGAGAUGUACCAGGUGAAACGGCUGCAACAUCUUUGCGAGGUGUGCGUGUGCGCGUACCUUCAGAGCAUGCCCAGUAGAGAGCUGGCUUCAACGGGCAUCAGUGUGAUACGACUCCUACGCAAAGCAAAGUGCCACAAUGCAGAGCAGCUGUAUGUUUGGCUCCUCCACUUCAUUGCCAACAACUACCUGAUCUUCAGUCAUAAACCCGACUUCCUGGAGCUCUCUGAGGAGGAGCGCGAGCAGGUGGAGAGGUUGCGUUGGCCCUCUCGGGGCUACUUGCAGGAGCUCAGCGAAUACCAGCAGCGACGGCGCAAACUACGCAAGUCCCGCUGCAUAGUGAUGUGACCACACCCACUCCGAGACACCCGAAAACCCUGUGGAAAUCAAUGUGGGAGGAAAUCCAAAGAAAACACUAUGAAGCAAUGGAGAGGAACAAUGAGGAACAAGCCUGCAGAACAUGAAGUUCCAGGACAAAAAAAAGACAGUAAACAACAAGUUGCACAACUGGGACGCACUCCUCCUGCUCCAUCUGCAAAUGAAUGCCACUCGGCAUGAAGACUAUUUCAUCACAGGCAAUACAAGUGAAAUGAUCCAGAUUUUUUUAGUGACCGUCUGAUCUCUGACCAGAGCUCUGUGACAUAUUUCUAGCGGAUAACGCAAACGUUGUGGAUUUCAGAAAAGAACAGCUCCUCUCUCUGAUAAUAAAUAAUUCAUACCCAAACAUCUGUUGCAAAGUAGACCACACCCCCCUGUGCAGAUGGCUUCCAACUCCUUUCACAGGUUUUGUAACUUCAGGCUAAAAAAACAAACUCAAGCAUAUCUGUUUGAUACCUGACAGCUGGAGGCAGGACCCCAUGACAUGAUGCACUUUUCAGAAAUGAUCCAUCUAUGCUAUUCUUAAUCUGUGCGAUAAAGUCAGGUUCUUUGUCUCCAAAAUCUAUAUUGUUUCAUUUCAAAGCUCUAUAUGUAGAAAAAAUAUACAUAUUUGAAGAUCAGUUAUUGAAAAUAUUUUUUUUCUUUUACCAUUCUGGGAGGUGGAUGUCCGAACAAACAGUAGAAACCACGAUGCCUCUGGGUUCAAACACCGUUUCUAUUUUUAAAGUGUGUCUUUUUUUCCCCAAUCAUAUUGAGAUCAUAAGUUAUGGUGCUGCAAUUAUUUUUUUAAACAAGUUAACUUUCUUUUCAAGACAACAGGGUGAUGUUUCUCUGCUAUUUACAAAAAAAAAAAAAAUUAAAGAGGUGUGAGCUAAAUGUGCUAAUUUGGCCAGUAAACCUGAAAAACGGUUGCAGCUAUUUCUUUGUUUCAUGGAUUACUAUGAAUCUAUAAUGGCCAGAAUAUCAUAUGCAACAUAGUUUGUCUAGUUCUAGAAAAAUGUGUGUGGAAAUGUAGCAAAAAAAAAAAAAAAAAAGGUAAAUAGCAACCAUGGAGCUACAAGAUUUUUACAGAGCUCAGGUGACAGCAGAUGCUCUUUGUGACCACUUGGCGUGCAUUUAUUCUGCAGGCGCACAGCAGCAAUCAAAGUUUGUGUGUGAUAAGAAAUCCUCAGUUACGUCCAACUCCACUGAUAAAGUCAGUGAAAAGCAGGUGAAACUCUGGACUGAAACGAAGAGCAUCGCAAUGCUGCUUUAAGCAUCCCACAACGCAGACAUGCCAGCAAAGCUCUGCUGCUCCAGAGCUGCACACUCUGUAAAUAAACAUGUUUUAGAAUGAA